UUAAGUUUUUAGAUAUUGUGAAGCCGUUUUGCGCUAUUUUGCCUGAAAUAUCGCGGCCGGAGCGAAAAAUCCAGUUCCGCGAAAGAGUGCUAUGGACUGGGAUCACACUUAUGAUAUUUCUCUUCUGCUGUCAAAUUCCGCUUUUCGGCAUAAUGUCAUCAGAAUCCGCCGAUCCUCUUUACUGGUUGCGUGUCAUAUCGGCUUCUAAUAAGGGAACAUUGAUGGAACUGGGAAUUUCUCCUAUUAUCACUUCCGGCCUGAUCAUGCAACUGCUCGCCGGUAUCCAGGUUCUUUCCGUCGGUGAUGCCCCCAAGGAUAGAGCCCUAUUUAACGGUGCACAGAAGCUUUUCGGAAUGGUAAUAACGAUUGGGCAAGCUUCCGUUUACGUCAUGUCCGGUAUAUACGGUGCUCCAAGCGAGCUGGGUGCUGGCAUUUGCCUGUUAAUCAUAUUCCAGUUGACAUUUGCCGGCUUGCUGGUCUUGAUGUUGGAUGAGCUACUGCAAAAAGGAUACGGCCUGGGGUCCGGCAUUUCUUUAUUCAUCGCUACCAACAUAUGCGAGACAAUCGUCUGGAAAGCCAUAAGUCCAACGACCAUAAACACUGGACGAGGUACGGAGUUCGAAGGUGCCAUUAUUUCCUUGUUUCACCUCCUUGCGACGCGCAGCGACAAAGUUCGCGCAUUGCGUGAAGCGUUUUACCGACAAAACCUUCCCAACUUAAUGAACAUACUAGCGACUGUACUAGUUUUCGCGGUUGUCAUUUACUUCCAAAGUUUCCGCGUCGAUAUAGCCGUCAAAUCGAUCCGAUACCGUGGUCAAUCCACAUCUUAUCCCAUCAAGCUGUUCUACACUAGUAAUGCUCCUAUAAUGCUUCAGAGUGCUUUGGUUUCGAAUCUUUACGUGAUGUCACAGAUGCUUGCUAGUAAAUUUCGUGGGAACUUUAUUAUUAACCUCCUUGGCAUGUGGUCCGAUGGCGAAGGUGGUUCUCGCUCUGUGCCUGUCGGGGGUUUGUGCUAUUACAUGACGCCACCAGAUUCGCUUGGAGAUAUGCUGGUGGACCCACUGCACGGUAUUCUCUACAUUGCUUUCAUGCUCGGAAGUUGCGCUUUCUUCAGCAAAAUUUGGAUUGAUGUAUCGAAUUCAAGCGCCAAAGACGUCGUGAAGCAGUUAAAGGAACAGCAGACUUUUGUUCCCGGGCAUCGUGAAAACUCAAUGGUUCACGAAUUAAAUCGGUACAUCCCCACUGCAGCUGCUUUGGGUGGUUUGUGUAUUGGCGCACUAUCUGUACUCGCCGAUUUCCUGGCGCCUUACAGUAAAGGUGAUCCGAGAACAUAG